AUGGAAGAAAUCCAGGGAGAGAGAACCAAACCUUCAGCUUGCAGGAGAGACCCAGCAACCUCAGACCCAGAGGGUCAGAGACAGAGAUCAGAGUCUCCAGGAUCCAGCUGUCUGUCCGUGAGGAGUGACCACUCCAGAGAUAUCCCUGAAGUCUUCAGUAAUGAACCCUUAAACACAGAGGGUCAGAGACAGAGAUCAGAGUCUCCAGGAUCCAGCUGUCUGUCCGUGAGGAGUGACCACUCCAGAGAUAUCCCUGAAGUCUUCAGUAAUGAACCCUUAAACACAGAGGCAACGGAAAAGAUUGGUGUUUGCAGUGGCUUUGUACAAGCAGACACUGGUUUACUGGAUGUUUUAAAUGAACAUAAAGAUUGUCUGAGAAAACGAUGUGAAACCGUGACUGAAGGAACUGGAGAACCAGGAAAUAGAACCCUCUUAAACAAAAUCUACAUUGAGCUCUACAUCACAGAGGGCCUAAAUGAAGAGGUGAAUACCCAACAUGAGGUGCGGCAAUUGGAGACCAAUUCCAGAAAAAAGAUCCUCAAUGAUACCCCAAUCAAGUGCAAAGACAUCUUCAAACUUUUACCUGACCAAAGUGGACCUAUCAGAGUAGUUCUGACCAAUGGUGUUGCUGGCAUUGGAAAAACCUUCUCAGUGCAGAAAUUCACUCUGGACUGGGCCGAGGGUUUAGAGAACCAAGAUGUCAGUGCGGUGGUUCUGAUAUCAUUCAGGGAGCUGAACUUUAUCAGAGAUGCCGAACACAGUCUUCUCACACUGCUCUAUGUUUUUCAUCCAACACUCCAGAAGAUCCCUGCAGAGAAGCUGACUGGCUGUAAACUUGUCUUUAUAUUUGAUGGUCUGGAUGAAAGCAAAAUUUCUCUGGACUUUAGCAACAGUAAAGUCAUUUCUGACGUCACACAGAAGUCAUCAGUCAACGUUCUGCUGACAAACCUCAUCAAGGGGAACCUGCUUCCCUCGGCUCUCGUCUGGAUAACUUCCCGACCUGCAGCAGCCAAUCAGAUCCCUUCUACAUGCUUUGACAGGGUAACAGAAGUACGAGGCUUCACUAAUGAGCAGAAGGAGGAGUACUUCAGAAGGAGAUUCAGUGAUGAGGCUCUUUCCACCAAAAUAAUCUCCCACAUUAAGGGAUCCAGGAGCCUCCACAUCAUGUGUCAUAUCCCAGUUUUCUGCUGGAUCACUGCUACAGUUCUGGAGAACAUGCUGACCAAAGGGCAACAGCAUGAGCUACCUAAGACCAUGACUGACAUGUACUCACACUUCCUGCUGGUUCAGAUAAGGAGAAAAAGGAACAAGUACCAUGAAGGACAUGAGACGAGUCCUCACGAGCUGAUGGAGGCGAACAGGGAGAUUCUUUUGAAGCUUGGGAGACUGGCGUUUGAGCACCUAAAGAAAGGAAACAUCAUGUUCUAUGAAGAGGAUCUGAAACAGUGUGGUCUUGAUGCCACAGAGGCCUUGGUCUACUCAGGAGUUUGUACAGAGAUCUUCAAACAAGAGUUUGGUAUCUUCCAGAAACCAGUCUACUGCUUUGUUCACUUUAGCAUCCAGGAGUUUCUGGCUGCAGUCUACAUGUUCCACUGUUACACCAACAGGAAUUCUGGAGUGAUUGAGAGAUUCCUGGGAAAACAAUUCAAGAAAUUCUUUCUGCGGGAUUUUCUGGGCAUGAUCAUGGAGAAAGCCUGUAGAAGUAAAACUGGCCAUCUGGAUCUGUUUGUUCGAUUCCUUCAUGGCCUCUCUGUAGAGUCCAACCAAAGACUUCUUCAAGGCCUUUUAGGGCAGACAGAGAACAGCCCAGAAACACUUCAGAAAGUGAUUGACAAGCUGAAGAAGAUGAACACGGGUAAAAUACCUCCUGACCGAAGCAUCAACAUCUUCCACUGUCUGAUUGAGCUGAAUGACCCAUCAGUUCAUCUAGAGAUCCAAGAGUUCCAAAGGUCGGGGGACAGAUCAGGAAAGAAACUCUCAGAAGUGCACUGCUCAGCUCUUGCCUACAUGGUGGAAAUGUCAGAGGAAGUUCUGGAUGAGUUGGACCUAGAGAAGUACAACACAUCCGAUAAGGGACGAUUGAGGCUGAUUCCAGCUGUGAGGAACUGCAAGAAGGCUCGCUUUUUUAACUGUGGGCUCUCAUUGACACACUGUGAGGUUGUGGCCUCUGCUCUGAAGUCCAGUACUUCUUAUUUGAUUGAGUUGGACCUGAGCUGGAAUGAAAUAAGAGAUUCUGGCGUAAAGAUUCUUUGCUCUGGAUUGGAAAGUCCAAACUGCAGACUGGAGAUGUUGAGGUUGGAGCUCUGCAGUUUGACAGAGACCAGCUGCACAUAUCUGGUCUCAGCCCUGAGGUCCAACCCCUCCCACCUCACCCACCUGAACCUGGGGGAGAACAGCCUGAAAGAUGCUGGAGUGAAGGAGCUCUGCAGUUUUCUGGAGAGUCCCUGCUGCAGAAUAAAGACUCUGAGAUUAUGGGGCUGCAGUUUGACAGAGGUCAGCUGUGCUUCUCUGGCCUCAGCGCUGAAGUCCAACCCCUCCCACCUGAAAGAACUGAACCUGAGCUGGAACUACAUACUGAAGGACACCGGUGUGAAGGCGCUCUGUGGGCUUCUAGAGAGUCCCUGCUGCAAAAUGGAGUCUCUGAGCAUUAAGGACUGCGGGCUGACCGAGGUCAGCUGUGCUUCUUUGGCCUCGGCUCUGAAGUCCAACCCCUCCCAUCUGACAGAAUUGGACAUAAGUGAGAACUUGUUAAAAGAUCCAGAUGUGAAGCCGCUGUUGAAGCUUGUGAAGAGUUCAGGAUCCAAACUGGAGACUCUGAGAUGGAGGUUAUAAUCUGUAGAAAGAGGUCUAUUUGCUUUGCCAUGAUGAUCCACAGAUGGGGAAUCAACAGUAACAUGAAAGUUGUCCUUAGUCAUGAUGAUGGUUUCAUUUACUGAUUUUUAUUUUUUCUGUUUUUUUCAUGCAUAUAUUUUAUUGAAUGAGAUUAUUUUGUUUGUUCAUGUGAACACUGAAUAUGUAAUCUGAAUUAAACUUCCACAGGUUUUUAAUCUGAAUUUGUAUGCAUCUAUGAGAAUUUACAUUAAAGAGGUAUGACAGAGUUUUCUAAUGAUACUGCCACCUGUGGCCAAAACACAGAACUGCAGCUCUCUUUUUAUUACUUCUUUUAACCUUUCAUGUAGUUGUACAGUAGAGGAUUAGGGCCAAUAAAAAA